GACUAGUCGAAAAUGUUCAGUCCGAAGAGUAAGUUCGUCGCCUUAUUGCUGAGUUGCCUCUGCUUGGGUGCCUCAAUGGCGCCACUCAGCAUGACCAUGGAGGAAAAUGAUCCAGAGCUGACUGCGGGUUACUUUCAAGGUGACAUGGAAAUAGAAGUGCUGAGGAAUGGAGAAUUGUCGCCAACUCUUCACUGGCCAAAUGCCACUGUUUACUACAAGAUCUCAGGGGAAUUCGAUGCUGAGCAUGCGGCUCAUAUUGAGAUUGGCAUGAGGCUGAUUGAACGCGCUUCCUGCAUUCGCUUUUUGCCCGCCACUGCGGAGACCUUGGACUAUGUUUUUGUUACAACUUCAGAGACUGGUUGCAGUUCGAAGGUCGGUUACAUCGGAGGAGAGCAGACGGUCAAAUUGAAAAUAGCUCCCAUUGACACCGGUUGCUUUAGGUUGGGCACAAUUCAACACGAAUUUCUGCAUUCGCUGGGCUUCCAUCAUCAGCAAUGUUCGCCGAAUCGCGAUGAAUUUGUGAAUGUUGUGGAAGAGAAUAUUACCGAGGGAAAGGAGCACAAUUUCAAGAAGUACACCGAAGAUCAAGUUGGCGACUUUGAUGUGCCAUACGACUAUUCAAGCGUUCUGCACUAUAGUUCCAUGGCGUUCUCUAAGAAUGGAGAGGCAACUAUUAUAGCUUUAGAUCCGGAGGGUCAAGAUCAAAUGGGACAACGAAUUGCACUAAGCGAUGGAGAUAUUAUUCGCCUCAAUACAAUGUACAAAUGUCCAUUGCAAAUGUAAAGGAUGUAGAAGAUUCUUUGUACCAUUUUGUACGCUACGUAUAC